AUGCCUACGAACCGGGUUUUCAGUGAGCAUAUUACCGGAAAGAAUCGACCACGUAAAUGGUGGCAUCGCCGUCGAAUUGCAAUUAUUAGCAUCUUUAUCAUCAUUUUAAUAAUUUUUGGAAUUACACUCGGUCUAUUGUUAAAAUUCGUGAUUCUUCGACAGAAGAAGCCAGCAAUCACUACCACUACUAUCGUAACACGAUCAUCACCACCACCAUUAACAACAACAUCAACAGUGGCACAAUUAACGACCACAACACCAACAUCAACAUUACUAAUAACAUCGAUAACAGCAUUGACAUUAACAUCAUUUAUAUCAUCGACGACAACAUUGACAGCUUCACACUCACCGACGUCAAUAUCAACAUCGACAACAACGUCAAUGACAACAACAUCGACACCGACAUUAUUAGUAACAUCAACAACAUCAGCAAUAACAACAUCAACAGCAAUAUUUACAGCAACAACGUCGACAUCAUCAUCAUCUUUACCAACAGCAUCUACGACCAUCACUCAGCAGCCAGGAUGGUCUAAUACUGGUAACAUGAAUUAUGCGCGAGUAUCACACAGAGCAUCGUUAUUAGCAAAUGAAAAAGUGUUGAUUACUGGUGGAUACAAUAAUGGUUUUCUAAAUAGUGCUGAGUUGUAUGAUCCAUCAACAGAAAUUUGGACAUUAACUGCUGCCAUGAAUGAUGCACGACAGGGUCACACAUCAUCCAUAUUAACAAAUGGAAAAGUGCUAGUUACUGGUGGCUUUUAUCUGAAUAGUGCUGAAUUAUAUGACCCAUCAACAGAAAGUUGGACAAUUACUGAUACCAUGAAUUAUUCACGACAAUGGCAUACAGCAUCCGUAUUACCAAGUGAAAAAGUGUUAGUUACUGGUGGGAGAAUUGGUGCUGUUUAUCUUGAUAGUGCUGAAUUGUAUGAUCCAUCAGCAGGAACGUGGACAUUAACUUCAACUAUGAAUCAUGCACGACAGGGCCACGCAUCAGCACUGACAAAUGGGAAAGUAUUAGUUACUGGUGGGUAUGAUGGCAAUGCUUACUUAAAUAGUGCUGAAUUGUAUGAUCCAACAGCAAGAACUUGGACAUUAACUUCAACCAUGACUUAUGCACGACAUAGCCACACAAUAUCUGUAUUUAGAGAUGGAAAAGUGUUAGUUAGUGGCGGAGAAAAUGGCGGUUAUCUAAAUAGUGCUGAAUUGUAUGAUCCAUUGACAGGAACUUGGACAUUAGCUGCUUCCACGAAUCAUGUACGAUAUGGCCAUGUAGCAUCCUUAUUAACAAAUGAAAAAGUAUUAGUUAUUGGUGGAUGGGAUGGUGUUGCUCUUAAUAGUGCUGAGUUGUAUGAUCUAUCAACAGGAACUUGGACAACUACUUAUAGCAUGAAUUACGGACGACAGGGUCCCAUAUCAUCCGUUUUAACAAAUGGAAAAGUAUUGGUUACUGGUGGAUGGAGUGGCAGUGUUAAUCUAAAUAGUGCUGAGUUGUAUGAACCAACAACAUAA